AUGGCGGCGGAGCGGGAGCGGGAGCUGCGCUUCUACCGGCAGCUGCCCAAAGUGGAACUUCAUGCUCAUUUGAACGGCUGCAUCAGUUCUGCCACUAUGAAGAAACUUAUGGCCCAGAAGCCAUACCUUCAGAUCCAGAAUGGAAUGACCGUGAUUGACAAAGGAAAGAAAAGAACCUUAGAUGAAUGUUUUCAGAUGUUUCAGAUCAUCUAUCAGAUUACCACUAGGACGGAAGAUAUUUUACUGAUAACUAAAGAUGUUAUUAAAGAAUUUGCUGAUGAUGGUGUCAAAUAUCUGGAAUUGAGGAGCACUCCUAGAGAAGAAAAGUCCACAGGUAUGACCAAAAGGAUGUACGUUGAAACUGUACUUGAGGGUAUAAAGCAGUGUAAAGAAGAAGGCUUGGAUAUAGAUGUAAGAUUGUUAAUAGCAAUAAAUCGAAGAGGUGGCCCGGCAGUUGCUAAGCAGACUGUUAAACUUGCUGAAGAGUUCCUUCUUUCCACUGAUGGGGUUGUAGUAGGACUUGACCUCAGUGGUGAUCCCACCGCAGGACAUGGUCAAGAUUUUUUGGAACCGCUCUCCGAAGCAAAAAAAGCAGGUCUAAAGCUGGCAUUGCAUCUUUCAGAGAUUCCAAAUCAAGAAGAGGAGACCAAAAUUCUCCUGGGCCUGCCUCCUGACAGAAUUGGACAUGGAACGUUUCUCAACUCUGCAGCAGCAGGUUCAGAAGAGUUAGUGCCACUUGUUCGACAGAAUCAGAUACCUAUUGAACUUUGCGUGACAUCAAACAUCAAAACUCAGACAGUGCCUUCCUGUGACAAACACCAUUUUGGAUACUGGUACAACAUGGGCCACCCUGCAGUACUUUGUACUGAUGAUAAAGGCGUCUUUGCAACAGACCUAUCGCAAGAAUAUGAGCUGGUUGCAAAAACAUUUAAUCUGACUCGAUCACAGAUGUGGGAUCUUUCCUACGAAUCAAUCAACUAUAUCUUUGCUUCAAGUGUAGUAAAAUCAAAGCUAAGGGAACAGUGGUGUAAACUGAAGCCAACUCUGUUUGAUUAAUCAACCUGUUGUUCUAAACAGCUUGGGUGUAUUAGCUUAGUUAAUAAGCAUUUUUUACUGAAGUCCCUGGCUUUUUUCAGACUUCAGGUUUAUAAAUCCAGCCCAUAAACUGUGCCUGUGCAAAAUGAAGAUGACAGCAAUGCAUCCUUUUGUAGUGGGGACAGAGCUAAAUGUUCUUUCGUAGUUGGGAAGGGCUCUCAACCGGUGACUGAAGUUCCAUGUGUUAUCACGUCGUUUCUCUCCAGUUGAUAUGACAUUUUUUAAAAAUACUUAGUUGAAAUAUGUCAUCAUACUACAAACAUUUGAAAGUCAGAACAAAAUAAAGGCACAGCUGUUAGGGUUUAAAAUGUCUUUGGCAACAUGACGCGAAGCAGUUUGUAUGUAUGGUGUGUAUAUUUGGUUUUUGUAUUGUUUUUAAACAGAAGUUUUGAACAAUUGAUUGAAUGUGAAGACAGAAACAAACUCAGGGAGAAUGAAAUAUUUGUCCCAAAGCAAUUAAAUAUUCCAUCUGUUUUUAUUGGCGUACGUGUAUGACUGAAGCCUGCUGUGGAUUGUGUAGCAUAUGUGGUGGUGCCUAUUGAUGCACUCAGCACUGGUAGUAUUUAGACAGUUAAGAAUCUUGAAUGCCUUAGCAAACUGUGAGCUACUUGGGGAAAAUGGUCUAAUUCUUAAAAUGCUUUUUAGAAUUGCUGUUUUUUUCCUGUAAAAAAGCAAUACAAAUAGCUUUGACCUCCAUGUUUUUGAAACCACUACUUCAAGUGUGCAUGCGUGUGUAUGUACGUGUGUGUUUGAGACCUACAGAAGAGAGGCACGUACAACCUGCUGCAGGAUUUGGUGAGCGUGAGUCCCCAGAGCGGACUUGCUGUCUGCGAGUGGCACCACUUCCGUUCUGACAGCAGAGGGUGAUCCUUGGUUCACAAGGUUCACUCUGCGUGUCUCUGUGCAUGUAUCAUUUGAUACUGAGACAUCAAAAUAUACAUGAACAUACACAUGCAACAGUAUCUAAUACUAGAUAUUGCUAGCUAGUGUAGGAAGUAUCCAGAGAGAAGGUAUUUCAUACUUAGAAUGUUUUUACAUUGAUUAAUUAAGCAAUCAUUCUGGGCUCUACAAGGAAGACUGAAUAUAAA